GAGAACAUAGGGCAUGACAUGUUCAUCCCACUUCUCUGGGGAAGAAGUUUCUCCAUAACCGUAUUUUCUUCUCUCUUUUCAUCUCCUCUCAUCUCCUCUUUCUUUUUAAUUAAUUUCUUUCACAAUCGUUAAUCAUUCAUUUCAUUAAUUUGACAAGACAAUCUGUUAAUAUACGUACUGUUUCCUAUAUAUAAUCAUCCCUCUCUACUCCAUUAACUCCCAAUCUCACUCUCUCUCCAAGGUUUCUGAGUUUUCCGGCAAUGGCGAAGAAGAAGAACGGAAACAACAACAACAACAACCACCACCACCACAACAACGACAACAGCGACAACAGCAACAAUAACAAUGAGAAUGAAGAUAACGGUGGAAAGAAGCAGAAAGGUUCUGGUAUUGUAGUGGUGGUUCUGAAAAUGGACUUGCACUGCGAAGGCUGCGCCGGUAGAGUCGUGAAAGCAGUUCGUAGUCUCGAUGGUGUUGAGUCUGUGAGAAUCGGUGACAGUGAGCUCAAUAAACUUACGGUCAUCGGGAACCUCGAUCCGGCAAAACUCCGGCAAAAGGUUGAGGAAAAAACUAAGAAAAAGGUGGAACUCAUCUCUCCGGCGACUAAAAAGAACAAUGACGGAGAGAACAACAACAACCGAUCUGACGGCGGCGACGGAGGCGGAGGAGGAGGAGAUAAUAAAAAGAAGCAGCAAAAAUCAUCUUCGGAGAACCAACAACCGCCUUCUGAUAAGGCAAAAAACGCCGUUAAGAAAGACGAGAAGAAACCCAAAGAGCUAUCGGUGACGACGGCGGUUUUGAAGGUUCCGUUACACUGCCAGGGUUGCGUUCGGAAGAUUCAUAAAAUUAUCAGCAAAACAAAGGGUUUUAUUGAAAUGUCGAUUGAUAAGAACAAGGAUUUGGUGACUGUGAAAGGGGCGACUGAUAUGAAGAUGCUGGCGGAGGUUCUGAAGCAGAAACUGAAGAAGGCGGUGGAGAUAGUUCCGGCGAAGAAAGACGGCGGUGAUGAGAAGAAAGGGAAGGGUGGCGGUGGUAACGACGGAGUGGAGAAAGGCGGCGGCGGAGGCGGCGGCGGAGGCGGUGGCCAGAAGAAGGGGAAGAAAGGUGGCGGCGGAGAUGACGGAGACGGAAACGAUGGUACUGGUGGGAAGAUGGAGGCGUACAAGAUGGAGAGUUUUGGAGGUCCGUAUCCACAUUUUGAAUAUGGGUCGGGUUAUGCGGAUUACGUACAUGCCCCUCAGUUGUUCAGCGAUGAGAACCCAAAUGCUUGUAGUGUUAUGUGAAGGAAGAAGGGCAAAAAUGGAAAAUGGAAACACAAAGGGCCAAAGGGGUAGUCACUUGUAUAUAAAACCGACUAACGUCGUAUCUUUCUUGGUAUCCUUUUAAAUGAUAUUUAAAAUAUAUUUUUAUAUAUGAUAUAUGGAUUUAAAUGAUUUAUCGAGUA